GUUCACUUUAUUAUCAUUUUACCUUUACACAUUUAGUUAUAUUUUUGAAAAAUUAAAAUUAUAAUCCAUAAAUCGUAUUAUGUACAAUAUUUUUCUACAAUACACCUAACGUCAGUCAUAUAUUAGUCACAACUCUCACUAUUUUGUCUUAAUUUCUUUCAUUUCAUAAAAAUGAAUAGUCCAAAGAUCGGUGAAAAAAUUACGGAUGAGAAACACUCAUUUGUCAGGAGACUUUCCAGUAGCAUAUGUACGAAAUCUGCUGAGAUCACGAGGAUUUUUGACCUUUUUGAAUCCUACGCUACAAAUCUCAGUUUAGUGAAAACUGCCUCAGAAAAACUUAAGAUUCCCCCAGGGAUUGUUCUCUUGGGCAUGGUUUCAAUGCUUUUAGUGUUCUUGAUCAGUAAGCUCGGAGGCUCACUAAUUUGUGACGCCGUUGGGUUUUUAUACCCCUCCUACAAAUCCUAUAAGGUUCUAAAGAGUUGUGAUCAAAGGGGAGCACCUUCUGGAUCCAACUCAGCCAAACAGUAUGAGACGGCAAGAUCGGUAAACGAAUCUGAAGAUAAGGAAGCUGAAGGAACUGAUUCGGUUAAAAAACAGACUCCAACUUCUGUUGUUAGUGAGGAAACCAAGAAAAACCUCAUAUACUGGAAUAAAUACUGGGUAGUUUUCUCGCUUGGAUUUAUUUUCAACUACUUUGCGAACAUUUUCCUUUACUGGCUUCCCUUUUACUACGUUCUGAAGCUUGUUUUUAUAGUUGUUUUACUUCACCCGAAGCUACAAGGUGCUGAGUUGAUUUACAAUUUCUUGAUAGCGCCACUCCUGGAUAGGUAUGAAUCAACCAUUGACAAUGGCCUUGUAUCACUUGAGAAAACUGCAGACCAGGUCUUUAUAAAGUACGGGGUUUCCAAACUUUCCGACAAACUCAAUGAGUACGCCGAAAAGCACACCACCAGAUAAUAAGCACCUUUAAAAAUUAACAAGCUAAAGUUUGCGUAAUUUUAAAUUUCACUA